AUGGCAGAGCUAUCAAUAGACCCAGAGCAGUCUCCUGUUCCAAGUCUCAGACCAAAUUCAUUUGGACCACAAAACCUUCGCACCAAUAAGUCUAUUAAUUUUAUCACUACUUCCUCUGGUAUUGAUUACAGCUUUCAAGUUGGACUUCUUGAAAGUACGGAUAUUGAAGAGCACCAGAGCUUCGAUUUCGGGACAAAUCCACGGCUGAACUUUGCUAACCAUGAAAUUGUGAGCGACACCGUUUUCGAUUUCAACUCUUUUCGCUUUCGCCCUAAACCCUCACCAUCAGCGACCUGCCACAUAGAUAGUUGGUUCAAGGAUCCACUCGGUACUUGGCGAUAUAGCCAACCAGAUAGAAACGCAAGAGUCGAUAGGAUUAAACUUUUAGAUUGGACUAGAGUAUCAGAUUGGCACUUCCCCCCGGUAAACAUGGAUAAGACUGAGGGGAUCAUCAGAUGGUCGCCAAACUCGGCUCGUGCUCAGUUUGUUGCGUUCAAUCUGAACUACCGAAUUCUUCAAGUCUAUGAAGCCAAGGGUCUCGCACAGCCAGGAAAUUUCGAGUAUGAACCCUUAUCUCGUUAUAUUGACAUCCCCUCUUUAAACACUUUCGACUGGUCGCCAGUUGUCGAAGGAUUGGUUGCUGUCGGUACUUCUAGUGGCGAGCUUCAACUACUACGAGUUGACGACAAUUCGAAUGCCGUUUUGUCUCUUUCCAUCAAGCAGCCGAGAGCAUGUCAAGCUGUCGCUUUCAAUACUACUGGAUUACUAGCAAUUGGUCUCGAAAGAGUUCGAAACGAUGGCUCUCUGCAAAUUUGGGAUGUUAAUCAACGUCUAGCUGGUUGGGAUACUUCUCAGCCGGGAUGGAAUGUACCCAAUAAUGCGGUUGAGCCGAGAAAGUUAGAAUCGGCCACCGUAACUAGCAUUAAGUUCUUCGAGGAUCAACCGCAAACCCUUGCUAUUGGCAUCAAGAACUCUUGUGUUCGAAUUCACGAUCUCAGAGAUCCAAACGGUGGAGUGAUCACAUUUCAAACCAAAUGCAACAACAACCUCACCAUAGACUACUCAGACCCCAACUACUUUGCUUCCUCUUCGUUAGAUCAGCCAGGACUUAUGGUCUGGGACCGUCGCGCCAGCACUCGAGCCACUGCCUCUCCAAUGUACCUGGAUACAUUCGAUAAUGAAGGAUAUGUUUGGGGAGCUGCCUUACAGUUGAAGAAGGUCAUUUCUACCGACAAACAGGGCUCAUACAUCAAAUCCUUGCGAUAUUGCCGAGAGCAGCGUGGCACUUUGGGUGUUCUCUCUAAUACUGGCCAGCUUCAGGUUUUAAAGACUAACAAGGAGUAUUACGAUCCUGGUUCGGAAGAUGAUGUCAAGGGAAGCCCGGAACUUCUUCAAGUCAAGAAGUCGUAUGAUCUCGAAUACCCAUAUUUUGACCCAAAUCAUGGACGCAAGCAAGAAGAUAGGAUUGUUUCUUUCGACUGGUUAACACUUGGUAAUACAAAUCUACAACCUCGUGUUGUCGCACUGAGGGCUUCUGGUUCCUUUGAAAUAAUGCAAACACCUUCUACUACCACUGGUUAUUUGAUGAACUUUAUGCCAUGGCAGCCACCGCACAAUCAUGAUAAGGUACCUUAUCAUACUUUGAUGGACUUUGCAGAUGCCACUGAGCGUAGAGCGAACCUUGGUCCUCUUUACGCAAACGAGUUGAAAGCUCAAACGCCCGUAUUUGGACCAGAUGGAUACAAUACUCCACAUGUUCAAAAAUCCCUAGCAGCUGCUCUUAAUAAAGCUCUCGAACGUCCCGAAACUUCAGCAUCAGAUGUCAUGGCAGAGACACCCGGCAGUCAGAUUGGUAGGGCAUCUUAUACGAAGUCAACUUUCACAGAAGCCAUCGACCGCCAGCUUUCGACCGUCAACGACCCAGUGUCGGAGAUAUUCGCGAAGAAGGGUGUUAUUAACGAUGGUGAUGAUCCUGGUUCUUUGAAUAACAAGCUAUCUGCUAUGAACCUCUCGAGUAGUGGCAAGAUGAAGACCCAGAAUUCGUCGGCAACCGAGAUUUACUCAAGCAGGGAUAUGCACGAGUUAUUACUUGAAGCUCGCAUACCAGCUUCGAAAGCCGAUGCCAUGUUGAUCGAUAAUCUGUUCAUCCAACGUGCUCUCAACGGUUACUUAUUUGAUUGUGAUAAAAAUAAAUCAUUGGUGAAAGAAGAUCCAUGGCUCAAAGACGUAUGGUACUGGAUUUCAGUCGCCGAAAAAGCAGCCAAGGAUGACGGUAUGCUGUCUUCGACCCUUGACCUUAGCUAUUUGGGAGUCUAUACCUUGUGGAAUAACAAGCUGGGUGGAAAGGCCGAAUCAAGACUUGUCGGAAGCACUGUUGUCCCUGAUCGUACUCAGUGGGAACGACUUAUUGCUGUUAUCAACAAACGUCUCGGCUACGAAGAAUAUACUGGUGUGCCAACAAUGAAGCCACAACACCGACAAUUAUGUCUUGCCCAAUGCGGUUUUGCAAAACCAGCAGCCGAGCUAAAAGAAAUUCUUGCGCGUCUAGAAGGAAGAGGAGAAUAUACCAAGGCAGCUGCACGGGCACUUUUUGAGGGAGAACCUGAGCACGCGGUCGAUAUCCUCAGACGUGGUGACAAGGAGAUGAUUUUUGUUGCUGUAGCACUCGACGUUACUACCAAGAGUCCAUCCAACGUUGAUCUCUCCAAUUGGAGCAAGACACUACUUCAAGAUCAAGCUCACGUGUCUGGAGAUCCUUUUCUACGAGCUAUCUUUGGCUAUGUUACAACGCGAGACUGGGAGGUUAUCGCAAACGAGACAUCUUUGCCAUUAAGAUAUCGCGCUGGAGUGGCUUUAAGAUACCUCAGUGACCUUCAACUUACAGAAUGGCUUGACAAGGAAAUGGAAAAAGCUAUUGAACAUGGAGAUAUCGAAGGCAUUGUUCUUGCAGGAAUCACCAAUUACAUGGUUGAUAUCCUAGCGAAAUAUGUCGCAAAGUUCUUUGAUUACCAAACCGCCAUCCUAAUCAUGACUUUCUGCUACCCUCGUUAUAUCUCCGAUAUUCGCUGUGAUGCUUGGCGUCAAAACUAUCAAGCCUACCUAAACCGUCAUCAACAGUUUAUCCUACGCGUCCAAUUUGACCAAGGCUCAGCCAAGAAAUCUCGCCAACGAGACGGUGUUCCAGUCGCCAAGCCCCCCAUUCGCCAAGUCACUGUCCGAUGUCUUUACUGUGAGACCCGCUCCUCAAAUGAUCGUCAUAAUGCUACAGGCGCUGCUCCAGCACCUCCUAACUCAUCUGCUGGUCUCUCUUCUACUACCGAUGAACGUAAUCCUCUAAUGUCCAGCGGUAUCAAUGCCGGUCUUAGCUGUCCUCGCUGCGGUUCGCAUUUACCUCGUUGUGGAAUCUGUUUAGAGAUUUGCGGUUCUCCCAGAUCGGAUAGGCCUGAACUUUCUGAUGAUCCAAUGGUGAGGAGAACGGGCAAUCAGUUGACGUUCUGCUUGAAGUGUAAACAUGCUGCUCAUAUGGAUCAUGCGGUAACGUGGUUCGAUAGACAUGUGGAGUGUCCUGUAUCGGAGUGCAAGUGCCAAUGUAACUUCAGGGCUAAUAUCGAUAUUGCUUGA